ACAAGAACAUUAAAGACUACGAGAAAUUAAAAAGAUGAGAGAGAGAGGUAGAGAGAGAGUGCGAGUAAAUGGCAGUGGAUCAAGGCAACAACGGCGAGAACAGAGUGCGAGGUCGACAUGGAGGCGUGGAGAACAAAGAAGGGGUUUUUAUGAUAAGGAGGAUGAAGGAUCUUAUGGGAAGAGCUUUCGGAACUUCAGCUGGACAAUCUACAACCAAGCAACAGCCUUCUAUUUCUCAAACUUCCCCGAGGAUUGGACAUAUGAACAGAUGUGGAAAACUUUUCUGAGUUUUGGGAAGGUUUAUACCAUAUACAGUCCGAGGAGGAAGAAUAAAGCUGGUUGUAGAUUCGGUUUUGUUCGGUUCUUGGACGUCAAAGAUGUGAAGAGAUUGGAGAGGCAGCUUGACCAAAUAUGGGUUGGUAACAGCAAACUGAGGGUGAAUUGUCCAAGAUUCCAAUUAAACACUGGAAGAGACGAAAAGGAAAAGAACAGCCAAUACAAGCAGAAGCCAGAAGGAAGAAUCAACUUCUCAGAGGCAGUAAGAGUGCAAGGGCGGAGCUACGUUGAUGCAGUGUUAGGGGAAAGGAAAGGGGAGCAAAAUCAGCAGAAGAAGGAGAACAAUAAAGAGAGAAGGCAACUUUGGCAAGUAAAAAGCUCAGAUACAUCCUGGACUGGGCUGGAGUUUAAAUCCAAUCAGGAGGAGUGCAAAUGGUUGGAUGGUUGCUUCGUAGGCAUGGCAAGGUCGGUGGAGAUCGUACCAGUGAUACAAGAACGUAUGUAUAUGGAAGGGAUGUUCUCUGUCAGAGUUAAAGCCAUGGGCGGUAAAAUGGUGCUAAUAGACGGAGAAGACAAAGAUGAGCUCAAGCACUUGAUGGAAUCUGCAGCGGAUUGGUUUAGCCAGUGGUUUGAGGAAAUCUGUCCAUGGACCUCCUCAAUGGUGGCGAAGGAGCGGUUUGUAUGGCUAAAAAUUAUGGGGGUUCCCCUAUCAGUUUGGGGUGAUAAUUUUUUCUCUACUAUUUCAAAUUUGUGGGGAAAAUUUAUCUCUCUUGACGAUAGCACCAGGUUGAAGAAAAGGUUUGAUGUGGCAAGAGUGCUAGUGUCAACCACUCUGACGAACAAUAUUUCCAGAGUGUUAAGAGUUAAAGUGGAUGGUCAGUUCCACAACAUUGUGUGCAGAGAGGAGGACGGGAGCAAUGGAUUCUUUAAUCUUAAAACCGAUUACAAUCUUGAUUCUCAGUCUAAUUCGGAUGAUGAGGAUAUUGAGCUCUGGUCUACUGAUCAUUAUUCUGGAGAAGAGUUUGAUGAAGCUAGCCAUGCCUCCCGGAGUAAAAAUCAGGUGAAUUGGUCUGAAGAGGAUGGUGGGGAAGAAGAAGCUGACAUGGCAAUUGGAAAAGCCCAAGAAAUUCAAAAAUUUCAAAUUGUUGAUGAGACUCCUAGUUCUAGCUAUGCAGAGCACAUUAAUGAGUUAGGAGGCGGAAGUGGAGAAAAUGAUAGUUCCAAGGAGCAGGGUCUUAGUGUGGUGAAAGAGACACAGAUGACUGGAGCAGAAAAUUUAAUAACACAGCAGUGUGAUCAUGAGGAAGUGGUCGGGGUGGGGCCAGACAAUGAGGUGCGCCAAGGGGAUCAGGGGGAUAUGAAUAAGACAGAUCAGAGUUUGGGCCAGAUAGUAGCCCAGCCCGUCUCAAAUGGGACAGGGGAAAGGAUAAUGGAAAAUGGGCCAAAAGCAAAUGUUGGGCUCUUAUCCUUAAGGCCGGCCAAAGGCAACCAAGAUAGAAUACAUCAUCAAGAGCAGAUCGACGAAGCUGAAGAUGCAGGAGUGCCGGCCGGUGAUGGGAAUGAUGCAAGAGGUGAUGAUUCUUUCUGGGCGGAGCUAAGCAGCGAUUCAGGACCGAUCGCAGACUGGAUUAGCAGGUUUAAAAGAUCGAAUUUGAGAAAGAAGAAGCAGAGGAAGAAGAAAUCAAGGGCAUGCAUGUCGGUAUACAAAGAUGUCCGGACUGCUGUGAUGGGGAAAGGAAAGAAGAGCAGAGAGGGUAGAUUAAAAGCGAUUUCAACCCAGCAAGGAGGACUACCGAAAUUCUUCUCAAAUGCCGAAAAGCCUGUUGCAGGGGAGUCAAUUUCGGAUGGAGCAAUUAUUAAUUGUAACAAAAGAAGUAGAGCCAGAUCCAACUCAAAUUCAGCAAAGGAAAUAUGGAACUUUGCCAAGGAGAUAGGGUUGACAGCAACCGGUGAUGAGCAGAUCAUUAUCCAACAAAUAGAGGACAUGGAAAACAGAGAUAAGGAAAGGGUUGGGAGUCACAGGAAAAAAAAGGGAGAUGAUGUAGAGUUUGUUGCUAAGCCUUCUAAAGGGCAAUCAGGAGGGCUAAUUUGCAUAUGGCAGAAGAGUGUGUUGAAAAAUUGGAGUAGUUUUGAAGGAGAUCAUUUUGUGGGAGUAUCAGGUAUUUGGGUAGAGGAGGAUAUUGCUGUUAAUUUGGUGAAUGUUUAUGCGCCGUGUGAUGACAAGGAAAGAAGAAUGAUGUUUGACGAAUUGAAACUAGUGAUUACAAACAAAGGAGGGUGCUGGUGCCUUAUGGGCGAUUUCAAUAUAACUAGAAAUCAACAAGAAAAGAGUGGAGACAGAGGUGUUUCAAAUGGAAUGAGAGUGUUUAAUGAAUUCAUCAGGGAUAUGGAGUUGGUUGAUCUGCCUUUGAUUGGAAGGAAGUUUACCUGGUAUAAGCCUAAUGGUGAAGCUAUGAGUAGACUCGACAGAUUUCUAAUGACUGAAGAUUGGAUGUUUAAGUGGGUUAACUCGAAACAGUGGGGUCUGAAACGCUCUAUAUCUGAUCACUGCCCCAUUUUACUCAAAAGUCAGCACAUUAAUUGGGGGCCUAAGCCUUUUAAAUUUUUUGACGAAUGGCUAUUACAUCAGGAAUGCAAGACCAUAGUGGAAGAGGAGUGGAAGAAGACUAAUGUUCAAGGCUGGAAAGGAUUUUGUGUGAAGGAAAAACUCAAGGCAGUGAAACAGAAGCUAAAGAAAUGGAGUGCCGAAGAGUUUACACAGCUUGACCUUAAGAUUAAUGAGGCCAAGGAGAAGAUUGCAAGUCUCGAUAGAAUGGGGGAGUUUAAACAACUGAGUGAUGCAGAGAUUAUGGAAAGGAAACAACUGUUUAUGGAGGUUUGGAGUAAAUUAAAGAUUAAGGAAGGUAUGUACAAGCAAAAAGCAAGGAAGGCUUGGCUCAAGAAUGGUGAUGCGAACUCUAAAUAUUUUCACAGAUGCAUUAAGAGCAGACAGCGAAGAAAUGAAAUUAACUGUAUAGAAAUCAAUGGUAAACAGCUUGUAGGAGUAGAAGAGGUAAAGGACGGGAUUGCUAAACACUUCCAAAACUUCUUUCAGAAGGAGAAAUGGGUGAGACCUGUUCUUGAUGGUGUGGAAUUCAAACAAAUCUCUUCGCAGCAAGCUGAAAGGUUAUCUGCCUCUUUUUCAGAAGAUGAAAUAAAAAAAGCAAUGUGGGAUUGCAGCUCUUCGAAGGCCCCUGGUCCGGAUGGUUUCAACUUCAGAUUUUUUAGAGAAUUCUGGGAGACUAUCAAGAAGGACGUGGUUGGGUUCCUGCAGGAAUUUCAGAAAAAUGGGAAGUUGGUCUCUGGUUUAAAUGCUUCUUUCAUUACACUUAUUCCAAAAGUGAAUAAUCCUCAGAAAAUUGAAGAGUAUAGGCCCAUAUCUUUGAUCGGUGCAAUGUAUAAAAUAGUGGCAAAACUAUUAGCUAAUAGACUCAAGGAAGUUAUUAGUUAUGUUAUCGGGGAGCACCAGAUGGCCUUUGUUGAGGGAAGACAGCUCACGGAGGCCGUGGUUAUGGCUAACGAGAUCAUUGAUGAAGCGAGAAGGAAGAAUCUUAACAGCUUUAUCCUGAAAAUGGAUUUUGAGAAGGCCUACGACAAAGUGAGUUGGUCAUUUUUGGAUUAUAUGAUGAGUAGAUUCGGUUUUGACAAGACAUGGAGAGGAUGGAUUCUGGAGUGUCUCCAAACCAGCAGUGUUUCAAUUUUGGUUAACGGGAGCCCAACCAGGGAGUUUACAGUGAGUAGGGGAUUGAAACAAGGCGAUCCCCUCUCCCCUUUCCUAUUCCUAAUGGUGGCAGAGGGAUUAAAUGGACUCAUUCAUUCCGCCAUCAGAAAAAAUUUAUUCCAGGGUGUGGAUGUGGGGUACAAUGGUGUAAGCUUCUCACAUAUACAAUUUGCUGAUGACACAAUUCUCUUUGGGAAGGCUACCGAGAGCAAUGUGUGGGCUGCCAAGUGCAUCCUCAGAUCUUUUGAGCUUGUAUCUGGGCUCAAGAUAAAUUUCUCGAAGAGUCAGUUGAUGAGCAUUAAUAUGGAAGAGGAGUGGACAAUUAGAAUGUCGUACUUGUUAAAUUGCCCGAUUGGUGUUAUUCCUUUUAAAUACCUGGGAAUGUUGGUAGGGGGGAAUCACAGAAGGGUAUCUUUUUGGCAAACUCUGGUGGACUCCAUGAAGAAGAAGCUGGCAGGUUGGAAAGGGAAAUGGUUAUCGUUUGGAGGUAGAAUAACGCUGCUAAACUCUGUUCUUACGUCAUUGCCUGUUUUCUUACUGUCCGUUUUCCUUGCACCAAAAAAUGUUGUGAGAUCUAUUGAAAAAAUCAGGAGGGAUUUUUUAUGGGGGGGGUGUGAGGAUACUAGGAAAGUGCACUGGGUCAACUGGGAAAAGGUUUGUAAGGGUAAACAUGAAGGGGGGUUGGGCGUGAAGAGUAUUAGGGCUUUUAAUCUUGCUCUUCUCGGUAAAUGGUGGGGGAAGCUCGCUAAAGGGGAGGAGGGGUUGUGGAGUAGGCUAAUUAAGGAAAAAUAUGGCGCUGGGAAUGAUAGUUGGUUGUCAUGGGUUAAAAAUGGUAGAGGGGAGGGCUCUAGUUGGUGGAAGGAUGUUUGCAGGAUUGAUGUAUUGGGAGACAAUAGAAAUGGGUGGUUAUCUAAUGGUUUCGAGAUUAUAGUAGGAGAUGGAGAUGGAAUAAGUUUCUGGUGGGACUCAUGGUGUAAGGAUGGGGCCCUAGCUCACAAAUUUCCAAGGCUUUAUAUGCUUUCUGCAGGUAUGGACUAUAAGAUAAAGCAAAUGGGAGUCUGGAUCGAGGAUAAAUGGAGAUGGAUGUUUCCAUGGAGGCGUGUGUUGCUGGACAGAGAAUCCCAAGCAAGAAAGGAACUAGAGAAGAUGCUGGAAGCAACUAAAUUACACCAAGGACGAAAGGAUAAGUGGGAUUGGAAGUUUAGCAUGGAUGGUAGCUACACAACAAGUACAGGGUAUGCAAAUCUCGCUGCCUCACAAGAACAGAGCCAGAAGCAUGUCUUUGGAAGAGUAUGGAAUCCAAAUGCCCCUUCAAAGGUGUGUGGCUUUAGUUGGCAACUUCUUUUAAAUAGAAUACCUACUAAAACCAAUUUAUUCAAGAGAGGUAUCAUCAAGGAUCCGGCUGAAGUCAUGUGCAGCCUUUGCAAAGAGUAUAUGGAAGAUUGUGAUCACUUAUUUCUCUCUUGUAAAAUCACUACCGAAAUAUGGAAUAGAUGCUUGAAUUGGUGGGGUGUUCAAGCUGUGUUGGCUAGUAAUGUAUGGGAUGGUUUUAGGCAACAUGAGGGUAUUGCAGUGUCCAAACGAAUGAGGGUCGGCUGGGAAGUGGUGUGGUUUGCCUUGGUAUGGACUAUAUGGCUUACUCGUAAUGAGGUCUUGUUCAACAAUAAAAUUGUGGACAAAAACAAGUUGUUCGAUUUAGUCCAAGUAAGGUCCUUUCACUGGCUGACUAAUAGAGGGAAGGUUUUGAGGUACAGUUUCUCUGAUUGGCUUCUCAAUCCCCAUCUAUGUAAUGUGAGUGCUUAAGUGCAUAGGUUCUUAGGCACUUUAAAUAUUAUGUAAAUGGGUAGAGUACCCCUUGUACUCAAAAUAAAAGUUUUUUUGCCUU